CGCAACAACCAACAAUGCCUUCCCUUUCCAAACGUUCAGAACACUUCUCUGUAAAUCCAAGUUUUGUAUUGGCAAUGGGAAAGGUAUUUUCCAAUGUCUAUCAUCCUGAGAAUAAUCCGAAUGGUAUUAUAAAUUUAGCUGUUGCUGAAAAUGUUCUUGUUUCCGAUUGGCUUUGCAAGACUUUUCAUCAAGUUGCUGUUGAUUCUCCUCUUUUACCUAUUAAUUUGAAUUAUACAAAUUUCUGUGGAGAAAAUAAUUUCCGAAAGUAUUUGGUUGAUAAUUUGAUGAACAAGCACAUCUUUAAGAGAUUGGGAAAUUCUGAAUUUGAUAAGGAAUUUGCUAACAUUAAUAAUUAUUACUUGUGUAAUGGUGCAGGAAACGUUAUUGAAAUGUUGGCUGCUACUAUUUGUGAUGCUGGUGAAUAUAUCAUGGUUCCAGCUCCUUUGUAUUUGGGAUUUGAGAAUGAUUUUAAUAAGAGAUUCUUUGCUAAAGUUCUCCCAGUUGAUAUGGAAUUUGAUUCAUCAUCAAAUACAUACAAAUUAACAGUUGAAAAAGUUAGAGAAACAUAUGAGGAACAUAGUAAGACAAAGAGUAUUAGAGGAUUUCUAUUAUGUAAUCCAAACAAUCCUACUGGUGAUUUGUUUGGUUCUGCAAUUGUUAGACAAUUGAUUGAUUUUUGUAAGGAAAAGAAUAUUCACUACAUUAGUGAUGAAUUGUAUGCUUUAUCUGUUUUUGAUCCAAAUACUAGUUUUGAAAGUGUUUCAAAUGUAAUGACUGAGGAUGAUAGAAAUCAUGUUCAUGUUAUUUAUUCCUUUUCAAAGGAUUUGUGUUUGAAUGGUUUUAGAAUGGGUGUGUUAUUUACAAUGAAUACUGGUGUGAAAGCUGUAUUUGAUUCAUGUUCUUACUUUAUGGGAGUUUCAUCUGGAACACAACACAUGAUGGCCAACUUUUUAAAGAAUGAAGAAUAUGUGGAAAAUUAUCUCAAUCUUAAUAAGAGCAAGUUAUUGGAACAAUACACAAUGAUGUGUGAUUAUUUCAAACAACAUGACAUUACCUAUGUUGAUGCUAAGGCUGGCCUAUUUGUUUGGUUCAAUCUUGAAAGACAAAUGAAGAAGUACCUUACUAGAAAGCAUCCAGAAAUUGAUGUGAGCUUGCCUCUCACAGAGCAAGAAGAAUACGAAGUAUGGUUGGAUGCCAUCGAUAUUGCAGCUGUUAAUGUUUCUGCUGGCAGUUUCUUUAAGACUAAACAAUUUGGUUGGUUGAGAAUUUGUUUCACCUCUGCUCAUUGGCCAACAAUGAAAAUUGGUUUAGAUAGAUUAUUUAAUUUAUUAAAUCAUUAAACUAUUGAUCUC